GCUGCUGACCAGCGGCGAUCUGUCGUUAUACUCGGUAUAUUUAGGUUUGUAUGUGGAGAACAGUAGUAACUCGGUGCGGUGCGAUAACACCGAAUACAGCAACGCUUCCAAUACUUUGACAAGCACGAUCAACAGCGAUCAACAUCGCCAGCAUCAGCACCAGCACCGGCACCGGCCUCAGCACCCAUACAAAGCGGCUAGCAGCGCGCCGAUCAAAACACCGCUACUAUGUACUACUGCCAACCACCGUUCAAGAAUCGAUUCUGAUCUUCACAACGCCUAACGAGUAGCUACUAUCCUCCAUCGUCACAGUGAAUUGUUUUCCCAGUCGUAAUCGGAUCGUGUUGGCAAACGGACGUCAAUAGCGGAGCAACGAUUUUCAAUUGAUUGAACUAAACUGAACUGAACCGAACCGAAGUGAACUGUGUGAACAACACAACCAUCGAUCAGUGCGCGCAUAUCAGCAGUAAAAACUGCAAACGAUCAGAAAAUUUUAUAAAUUAUAAAUUAAAUUAAAUAUCUAUAUGUACAUAUAUAAAUAUAUUUUUUAUAUACAUAUAUGAACAAUACCCUGCAUACGAUUGAAUGAGGAAAAGAUUAAAUUUUGAUAUUUGUUGAAGCGGCGAAACAACCAAAGUACAAAGAUCGCAUAUAACGGGUUUGUAGCUAGAAGAAAAAUCGAGCAAAAUUUUUGAACGCAUCCUUUAAAAGAAAAAAAAAAACUUAAAAAAAGUAAAGUUGAUUAACUGAAAAGUGAAAAAAAACUCGUUAAACAUUGAAAUCGAAAAGUUGAAGUCGAGUUGAAAAAGACAAAAAAAAAACUAAAAAUUCUCAUAACUCACAAAAGCUAAAAUCUCCGCAUGAACGGGGAAUUUUAGAGGGUGCCUGUUAGAUUAUUUCGAGCGAUACGCGGCCACUUGUUGCUGUCUAGAUGUCAAAUGUUAACAUUUUAUAUACCUACGUAUGCAUGCUCAAAUUGAGAUCAGUAAAUACAUAUACACGAAUUAAGGGCAUUACUCAAACGAAAAAAUAAAAAUAAAAUCUUCAACUUUCUACAUCGAUUUUUGUUAAAGAAAAUCUUAAAACUAGUAUUGAAAAGUGAUUUCAAACAAUCCACAGUGAACUAACUAUUUAAGGAAUUUUGG